AAUAGCUCUUAUUAUUAAGUAUUAGCAACCUAUUUUAUUAUACUGUAUAAUAACUAAUUACCCAAAUUAAUUAACUAACAUCCAAUAAUGACUUCUGAAAUUACCCGAACCACCCUCUCUAUCUUGACCCAACCAAAUCAAAUCUAACGGAAUCGGUGAAACGAUAAAAGACUGAUAUCAUGGAGGUUAUCUGGAAAUUACACUUGCAAUCCAUUCAAAAAUCUGUCCCUAAGAAACCCUGGCUUGGCUUGGCUCCUUUUCCACAUUGGAUUUCAAUCCCCCUUUUUAUCCACAGUUUCUUUCUGCAUCGAAUUGAGCCCUAGAUUGAGUGCUCAGUAGAUACAUAUAUAAUAUAUAGAAUUUCCACACACACGGUAUGUGUAUGGGACCACCAAGUGGGUGGAGCAGAGCUCGAGGGUUAGUAGUGAAGACGCUGGUUUUGAUCGGAGGUGCUCUUUUGGUUAAGCGAUUAACCAAGUCCACCACUCGGUGGGACCAUGCUCGCAUCGUUUCUCAAUCUAUCGCCGGCGAAAAGUUCUCAAAAGAACAAGCAUCCAGAGAUCCCGAUAAUUUCUUUAAUUUAAGAUGGCUUUCCUGCCCAGCUGCAGAUAUGGUGGAUGGAUCGAAGGUUCUAUAUUUCGAGCAAGCAUUUUGGAGAACUCCCCAUAAGCCAUUUAGACAGAGAUUUUGUAUGGUCAAACCUUGCCCAAAGGAGAUGAAAUGUGAUGUUGAGUUGAGUACAUAUGCCAUACGCGACGCAGAGGAGUACAAGAACUUUUGUGAUCGCCCAAGGGACCAACGUCCACAGCCUGAAGAAGUAAUUGGGGAUGUAGCAGAACAUCUUACCACCAUAUAUCUCAAGCGUUGUGAACGAGGGAAACGGUGUUUGUACGAGGGUUCAACACCUCCUGACGGCUUCCCCAAUUCAUGGAAUGGGGCAGCAUAUUGUACAUCAGAACUGGCAGUCUUGAAGAACAAUGAGGUUCAUAUGUGGGAUAGGGGAUAUGAUGAUGAUGGAAACCAAGUUUGGGGAGUGAAGAAUGGUCCUUAUGAAUUCAAGGCUGCACCUGGACCUGCAUCUGCAUCUACUUCUGCUUCUGCUUCUGUUGAUAUGUUAUCUCCAUUAAAUUUCCCUCCUCUUUCUAUAGGUAAGCGGAUAGAAGGUUCCUUUGUUCUUCAAGAAUAAUCACAUAUGUUGCAUUAUUGCCUUGUGGCUUGUAAUAUAUACCAUAAUUCUUUUUAAUAUAUGCCAUUAAAUCCCUUAUUAUGUUUUUGAGCACAUGCUUCAAUGAAGUUUGUAACAACAGGAGUAGAAUAAGCAGUUCCAAAACUCUGCUUUACCUGUUUUCUACUAUGUAAUAAUUUGUUCUUUCUACCUUCUUUGCUAGAUUCUUAAUGACCUUCCCC